GUAUCAAGACUUACGAGGACAUUUCAAAGAAAAUCAAAACACGCUUUAGCUGUCAUGGAAAAGAAACGAACAGAGUUGAAGGUGUCUCAGCUGUUUACUGAAGCUAAAUUGUCUAAAUUAUCAGUGGACGAACUCACCAAAGAGAUGACUUCAGCAAGAGAAAAUGCAAAAAUUCGACACUAUGAGGUUGAUUUUAAUGUAGAGGAAUUACGUGAAGGUAUUAAGCUUACUUUCCAUGACAACCGAAUAGAAACUGUCACUUCAGAAUUAGAGCUCCAUAAUCAAUCGGAUUCCCAGAAUGAAUUGGCAAGAAAUUCAACGAGGCGUGACAUCACAGUUGAUGAUUCAGAAGCAAAGGACAGUAAUAUGUCAGCGUCGGUAGAUGAUAUCAUGAAGCUGCAGUCAAAUCAAACAGCAGGCGCACCUGGUCAAAGAGAAAAUGGGAGCAAACAAAAUGUUAAGGAUCCCACACGGACAUCCCUUGAAUAUUCACCUGUAUGUGUGAAAAGAAGAAGAGAGAGUAGAAGAAAAAGAGAAAAAUGUUCUACUGAUGGUCGAAGUUCUCUGGACACUAAAGUAAUAUUAAAGUAUGACCGAGAGUUUCUGUUGCAGUUUCGUAAUUGCGCCUACGCCCUGCGGAAACCAGAACAUCUUCCUGAUAUUCGAAAUAUUAUAUUGAAUAAGCCGCAUGAAACCUCUCCUAAUGAAAGACCAGGAGAUUUCCAAUCAGAAUAUGUAUGGACAGUUCCUGCAAGCAAGAAACAAUCAAAAUCGAAGGUUUCGAGCUCAGAAUUGGGUGCUGCUGAGCUCAGUACAUCGAGUAAAUUUAAUGGUGACCUAAAAGAGCAAUCACCAGUAAGUGUAUCACAGCUGCAGCAAACUCCGGGACAUGUUAUAAGACCAACUGCUUCCAUUCAGCAGAAGAUGUAUGGUACACCUCUACAGCUACCUUACCAGAAAUCUCUACAGCUACCUUACCAGGUGCCUUUCGCAUAUCCCCAGUCCAGUACAUCGCAAUUGAUAUAUCCCGGGCAACCAAGCAUUACUAGAACCAAUACGCAGGGAGUGCCGUUUCCCAAUUCUCAUUCUGGUAUACCCUACAGUCAUCCAGGACAUCCGCAAUUUCCUUGCCCACAGUUUAGUCCGUUUGGUUUUGGGUAUGGUAACCAGCCACCGUUUAUUGGUAUACAUGCAAACAAUCAACAAACACAACAUACACAAAAGGUCCAAGUAAAUCAAAAACGUGAAAGAAAACACAUACUGAGUAUUGUUGAUCCAGUUUCAUUAAAAGAUGUUACUGCAGAAAUCUGCAAAACAGCAGAGAGAGAACCUCAGGAUUCAAGCAGUAGAAGCAAAACGGCUGAAAUUUCAAAGGUAAGAACAACGUUGAACGACUUGAUAUUGAGAAGAAAAGAAGAUAAUAAGAUGGUUAUCCAAUGGAUCGAUAGUAAUGUUGAUGCUUCAGCUAGAAAACAGCCUCGAUUCAUACGUGCUCUUAUGACCGUUAUAUGUUAUAGUGCAAUCAAAGGAAAAAAGGGGCAUGAGAGAUUAGAGCCAAAGGAAAUCAACGCUAGGAAUGAUUUGUUACAGCGGUAUAUUUGUCGUAAAAGUGAGCUAGAGCUACAAGCUCUUUACGCUGUACAGGCAGUUAUAACUCAUCUUGAACACCCUCAAGGAAUAUUGCGGGGAUUGUUCGACACAUUGUAUGACGAGGAUCUUAUCAGUGAAGAUGCAUUUUUUCAGUGGCAUGGAUCGAAAGAUGAGCUAAAUGGAAAGGAAGAAUGCCUGAAACAAUCAACACAGUUCUUUACAUGGUUAAUAGAGGCAGAAGAAGAUAGUUGACUGGAUCGAUUACUGGUGUUGUUAAUUAAACAUAAACUGUGUAGCGUCAUAAAUAGCGUCAAACUAAUUCAAAAAUAAUAUAGACUUUAAUUAGGUAAUUUUAUGAAAUUGUUGUAAGGCUACGAUAGGAAGGAAAUUUUGUACAUAUCAAAUAUACUUGCGUCUAAAAAAUCGUACCACUCAUCAUACAUAGCUCAUAUAUAACAUAAUAUAUAACGUUAGUCAAUGACCAUUUCAGACCAAGUAGGUCUUUAUCUGAAUGUGAGAUGUUCCUGUAUACCGCCUUUUAUUAGUUUCAUUCUGACAGUAAAAGCUUCAUUCAUGUUAAUUGCAAAAAUAUUUUGAAAUCAGUCAGUCUUCUGUCUAACAUAAAAACAGUUCAUCGAUAAACUUUAAUGUAAACAACUGCACAAAUGAUUUGUCUACCAAUAUCUUUAAAAAAAAAACUUUGUUAAUUUAUGUAACCAUUCAUUUGUAACUGCUGCUAACGGACAGUUAAACAGUAUAGUUCUGCAUUAUUUAUAAUAAUAGCUAGACUGCUAAUAUAGUAGGGAGAGCAUAAAACUGGCACUCCAUAGGUCUCGUGUUCGGUCCCCGGUCGAGCCGAAUGUUCGCCAUAUUGAUUUUGCAGAAGUAAGAUAUGUAUGCAAUGUUUACUAUGAAUGCUUUAAUAAUCACAACGAUAUUAUUAAUUAAGUUAACACACACACUGAGUUAGUUAUUAGCUAUUAGCUGCGCAGAAUAAUUCGCCAUCAUUUGCGCCCUAAUGGAACUAUUCCUCAAGACGUAUAUACAUGUACUUUUGUAUUGCCAAUUGCGGUCCUAGCGUGUAUGAAUAAAGGAGCGUGACGACCUACCAUUUGGCACCAUACAUACGCAAAUAAAUAGUUCUGUCAUAUUUUAUCUAAAGUUGACAAUAAAAGAUAUAUUAGAAUCGAAAUCAUGUAUAGCAAAACAGUGUUUGAACACGAUUUAUACACUCGGGCGGUUAUAAUCUCACUCGGGCUGCGCCCUCAUAAAAUUAUUACGCCCGACGUGUAACCGCCCAUCGUGUUUAAAUAGUGUUAAAACACGGUUUGCUAUAAAUUAUUUCUUAAGUAAAAAGAUGAUAAUUAUUCAUUGGCAGUAUGUUUUCUCAUCGAUUUCUAACGUCGUGUAGUUACAUUUCAGCUUUAUUGAUUGAGACGAAACUGGGGUAACUUUAAUCAAACAUAUCAUAGCAAUACAAUUAAUGUUAUUUAUAAUUUCAUUUUUAUUCUUUUCACUUUUUAACAAUUCGUUCAAAAGAUUUUCCUGAUACCCUAUCUACAUAAGUCAUAUCUAAAUAUAUCAUUUGAAUAGUAUAUUUAUAGAACAGACAAAGAAGAGAUAUACAUGUAGUUGUCAUUCAAAAAAAAGAAUGAUUAAAGAAGGAGAAUAGUAGUCAAAAAUUCAAAAUGCUUCCUUUUCAUGGAGUAAAUUAUUCAGUGGCGCAUAUUCAUAUUGUCAUACUGAGAAAUGUUUUUUGUUAACGUUGUUGUUUUUGUUCUUGUUGUUAUACAUGACAUGACUGCUGUAGUAUUUUACAUUUAUUUACUUAAGAUUCUUAGAAAGUAUGUAUGUUUACAAAAGUUUAUUUGACUGUAAUUUAUACAAAUAAAGGGAUUGACAAAAUUGUGAUACAGUCACUGCUUACUUUCUUCUGGCACCAAUUACACGUAAACUUUAAAAAACGUAAAGAAAUCAAUGUAGCGAAUCAUUUUUUACAAACCAUAAUCCUUAAAUGCGUGAAGUCGCAAAAAAUGUCAGAAAACUCGUCUAAUCAAAUCUAAUUAACUGGCCUAAACUUAUUCAUAAAUGUGGAAAAUGUAUUAUACAAAUACGCAAGCAUUUCUUAGUACAAUAUGGUAUCACAUCUCAAAACGUUUGUUAUUGUCUCUUCUUUUCAAACAGGUGGAUACCAGGCUUAAAACACCAUUUUUAAAGUUUUCUGGGCCCAAAAGGUGACAAAGUUUUUUCUCCAUUUUAAGGGAAAUUAAAGAAAUUUUCAUUUUUAUCAUUAUUUGAUGAAAUGUGUAUCUGUUAUGUAUUAAAUGUAUUGCGAUACGAAUAAAAAUGUUCAUCA